UUGUUUUGAAGUGAAUAGAAUUUGUAAUUUGUAAUUUAUUUAUCAGCAGAAUACUAUUUUAGAAUUGUGAUUUUAUAGUGACUAAAAUAGUUAUGAAAUUCGUAUAAAAUACUCAAAACCAAAGAGUAGACCGAAAUGUAUAUACUGUUCGUCAUAACAAUAAUUUGUUUUUUGAUGGCAUUUGCUUCAAAAAUAUCCAAACCGGCGCUUGCUCUAUUUUUCCAAGACUCCCCAGAAACUCGUGUUCUAUGUGCGGAGGGGGAUUUACUGCGGCGGGAGCUAUCUAGAAUAUUGAUGCGAGACGAGUACAUCCGGUACGUGAAAGUAGAACGAAAACUGGUGGCAGUCGAUAACAAACUGGCAGAGGCCCGAAACCGGGACGCAGGCCGAAGGAAGAUCUAUGAACUUGGUCUCCAUUAUGGAGCGUACACCGCUCUAGCUCUCGGAUUGAUAGUUAUUUCCAUUUUCUACCGGUACACGCCGGUUGUGGUCUUCGGUGAUAACUUCAAUUUCGAUCCGUUCGGCAAAGUGCUUAGCUUCCCGACCGGUGUACCAAAUGCCGUCUCGACGGUUUUCUGGAUUGUGGUUAACAACUUUGUCGCGCGUACGAUUGCUGGAUAUGUGAAGUGAACAUUACUAAUUUAAUACUAGCAUGUUUAGUCAGAUUUAGGAAAAUCCAGGGUUUGUCUAUCAACUAUUACCGAAAUAGAUUACAAACACAGUUUUUCUUUAAACAUAA